AUGUCGCCGUUAAACACUUCUGAUCUGAACUGCACCUCUUUCAACGCCGACCGUGUGGCCCCCAGUGUGGUUAUGGGGUUCUGCUGUCUGGUGGGGGUAUGUGGCAACAUUGCGGUGGUCAUGGUAAUACUUAACAAAUUCAAGAAAGAGAAAUUAAAUUUCACUCUGAAGCUGAUGCUGAACCUGGCGGUGUCUGACCUCUUGGGACUCUUCACUUUGCCGGCGUGGAUCUACACCUGGCUCUUUGGCUGGAGGUUUGGCCGCGGCGCUUGCAGGUUUGUCUCCUACGUAGUCAUCAGCAGUUUGUACUCGAGUGUGCUGACAGUCACCCUGAUGAGUGUGCAGCGCUACCUGACAGUGCUGUACACCCAGUGCUGGGCCAGACUGCGUGGGACGGGCGAGAGGGUGCUGCUGGCCACCCUGUGGGGGCUGGCGGGUGUCCUCGCCUCCCCAGCGCUGGUACUCGCAGAUGUGGCAGGGAAGAAGAGGCUGUGUCGCUGGAACUACAGGUCAGAAACAGAGGAAGUUGCCACCUUGCUCAUGGAGACCCUGUGGGGGUUUGUCGUUCCUUUCUCCAUCCUGGUCACCUCUUACUUCUGCCUCCACAAGAAGGUGAACCAAACCGCUUUCUUCAGCAGCCAGAGGAUGACCAAGCUGGUGACCACCAUCGUGGUGACCUUCUUCAUCUUCUGGUUCCCCCUCCAUGUCAUCAAUGUCCUGGACAUCUUUGCAAUCUCACUCAAAUCCAGAUCUCUGAAGAACUUUGUGGAGCCCAGCUGGGGUUACACUCAGGCUCUGACCUUCAUCAACAGCUGUGUGAACCCCUUCAUCUACGCCUUUGCCUCCCGAAACCGCAGGAGGAGGAACACCGAGCACUCUGGGACAACACAGGCCAUCUCUACUAGCAAUUUAUAA